GCGCCGAACAGCUUUGGGCCGCAGGACCAUGAGAGGGCCGGAGCCGGGGCCCGAACCUACCAUGGAGGGCGACGUGCUGGACACUCUAGAGGCGCUGGGGUACAAGGGACCACUGUUAGAAGAGCAAGCCCUUACCAAGGCAGCGGAGGGUGGACUGUCUUCGCCUGAAUUUUCAGAGCUCUGUGUUUGGUUAGGCUCUCAGAUAAAAUCAUUGUGCGACUUGGAAGAAAGUAUCACUUCAGCUGGGAGAGAUGAUCUAGAAAGCUUCCAGCUUGAGAUAAGUGGUUUUUUAAAAGAAAUGGCAUGUCCAUAUUCCGUACUCAUAUCAGGAGAUAUUAAAGACCGUUUAAAAAAGAAGGACGACUGUUUGAAACUUCUGUUAUUUUUAAGUACAGAACUUCAAGCUUUACAGAUACUACAGAACAAGAAAUGUAAAAAUUCUCAAUUAGAUAAAAAUAGUGAAAUAUAUCAGGAAGUUCAAGCUAUCUGUGAUACCCUUGGUGUACCCAAGUCAACGACUUCUGACAUUCCGCUUAUGCUAAACCAAGUGGAAUCAAAGGUGAAAGAUAUUCUCUCAAAAGUCCAGAAAAAUCAUGUGGGAAAACCACUGCUGAAAAUUGAUUUGACUCUGGAACAGGCGAAACAAUUGGAAAGAAUCAACGAUGCUCUUUCCUGUGAAUAUGAGUGCCGCCGGCGGAUGUUGAUAAAACGAUUAGAUGUGACAGUGCAGUCUUUUGGAUGGUCUGAUAGAGCAAAGGUAAAAACAGACGACAUAGCAAGAAUUUACCAGCCUAAGCGUUAUGCUUUGUCACCGAAGACGACAAUUACAUUGGCACAUCUACUUGCUGCUCGUGAAGAUCUGUCCAAGAUCAUUAGGACAAGUAGUGGCUCCAGCCGGGAGAAGACGGCAUGUGCCAUUAAUAAGGUGCUGAUGGGAAGGGUGCCCGACAGGGGAGGACGACCAAAUGAAAUUGAACCACCACCCCCGGAAAUGCCCCCUUGGCAAAAGAGACAAGAAGGCGGUGGACGGGGUGGUUGGGGCGGUGGAGGUGGAGGUGGUGGUAGAGGAGGUGGUGGGGGUGGAAGAGGUGGCUGGGGAGGUGGAGGGGGUUGGGGAGGUGGUGGGGGAGGGGGUGGAGGGUGGGGAGGAAGUGGGGGAGGUGGUGGUAGAGGAGGUUUCCAAGGCAGGGGAGAUUAUGGUGGGAGGGGAGAUUAUGGUGGAAGAGGAGGGGGCUAUGGUGGAAGAGGGGGCUAUGGUGGAAGAGGGUACGGAGAUCCAUAUGGAGGAGGUGGUGGUGGAUAUAGAAGAUAUUAAAACUACAAAAAUUCGAUAGCAGUGCUUACUUCUUGAUAGAUACAUUAGGCAUAGUGUUCUAAAUAACAUACUUGAAUGUCAUCUUUGAAGUAAACACAUUAGACUCUGAUGAUAACAUUCUUUAACUGGUUAAUAUGUAAGAGCAUUGUUUUAUACUACCAUUUGAUCUCUUAAACAAAGUGAUGAUUUUUUCCAUAUUCUCUGUAUCCUUGAGCAUGUUAUGUCUUUUUAAAAAAAACAAAAAAAUGAUCAAAAAUUAUUUUUAAGAAUGUAAAUAUUUAUUACCAUGAGACUUGGAAAAUGGAAAGUAUUUUAUUGUCAUUAUUGAAUUUAGAUUGUUACCUGUAUUUUAUUCAGGUUUGAGACCCAUAAAUGACCCCACUUGUAAUGGAAAGGAAUAUAGACUGUUGCCUUAUCUGUA